UCUCCUGCGCAAACCCCACCCCUCUCCCCUCUCUCUUGCGCGAACCCUAGCUUCCUCCCUUGCCGCUGCCACCUCCAGCCUCCGAUCCCCGUGACCAGCACACAAACGUCCGGCGAGAUCCCGGCGGUGCAGCAGCCGCCUCCCCGCCGCGGCUCGGGGGCAGGCAGCAGCAACCCGUCCCGCUGCCCUGGCUGGUAGCAGCCCCUCGCGUCGCCCUCCUCGAUCCAGAUCCCUCGCCCUAUCAUGAUUCUUGUGGCCUCUUCGACCGCAACGGCGAUGUGCGGAAGGUCAACCGCAAGUACUUCGACCGCGACGUCUGCCGCCUCUUCCUCGCCGGCCUCUGCCCCCACGACCUCUUCCAGCUCACGAAAAUGGAUCUCGGACCCUGCCCCAAGGUCCACUCGCUGCAGCUGCGGAAAGAGUAUCCUUCUUUUCAUUUAAACACCUCUGUCAUGUUUUGCUUCGGUAAUUUCUUUUCUUGGUUCCCAACCACACAGCACGCCUGUGGUUGUUCAUCAUUGCCUUCCCGAGCUCCUGGUAGCUAUGAGGAGGUAAAAGCAAAGGGGACGGAGAAUUUCGACAGGGAGCUCGAGGACAUGAUAGACAGGCUCAUUGUGGAGUGCGAGCGCAAGAUCCAGAGGGCGCUCAAACGCCUCACCGACGAGGAUGCCAAGCCUGCUAUCGCGAUAUCUGUCUCCGAGGUCACUCAGGGUCAUGAGGGAAGAUAUACCAUAUAUAUUCACGCCUCAAGGGAAGCUGCAACCUGCAGAAUGCAAGAAAGGGCUGUUGUGUGUUGCGUCCUCGCCAUGUCUGGACAUCAAGGUUGGGCAGACCUACCAGAUGUCCUGCUUCAUUCGAUUGUUGCUCUGCUGGGCUCCUUCUCUGACCUUCUUGCCUUCGCGGAUGAGCACCUGAUCAGCGCCGACAUGUGUGCCCGCAAGGUCGUGGGGUGCGAGGUCUAUGAGCUGGUUGAGCCGCCGCGCGAAGACAUCACUUCCCUCUUCGUUCACGCUUGGCCGCUGCCACCGGCUCUCUGCUCAGGUGCAAGACAGAGACACGCCACCAUGCAAUGAUUCUUCUUCCACUCGCAGGCCUCCCACUCCAGUAACUCUUUUUUUGCUCCAGCAUAGCAUAGCUGGUGAUUUGUUUCUUGGAAUUUGGAAGAGGAAGACGAUGAAGCGUGGUGGUUAUCUAUCAAUAUGCCUUGUGUUCUGGUUGUACUUCAUAGCUAGUUUCAUUGUAUUUUGUACUGGUCUGGUUGUAUGAACAGGAUGUAAAGAUUGUAAUAGGCUACAUUUAUUGGUCUGGUUGUAUUUUGUACUGGUCUGGUUGUACUGCUCUGGUUGUACUGGUCUGGUCAUUUCAAGUAUAUAGUUCUGUUUCAU